AUGUCGACCACCAACACGCUGCACAUUCCUGGGCCGCGAUGUUGCUGUGGCAGCCCCGACUGCGUCUUUCUGGCUCAUAAUGGCAGACUCCUCGAAGGCCUGGAGCGGGACGUGUCCAAAGCUGCACAGCUGGGCCAAGCUCUUCUAGUCCGCCAUGAGGCCUAUGUCGCCGACUCGGAACGCGAGCGCAAGGAGAUGCUCUCCACCAUUGCAACCCUCGAGCGCGAGAAACUCGAGCUCGAGGCCAAGAAUGCCGAGACCAUCAAGGCGAACCGCGACCUGCUCGACCGCCUCGAAAACCUCAACGAAGCCGUCACCAACUCGGACGCCCACAUCAAGGCCCUCAGCGACACCCUACGCUCCACUGAAGAGGAAGUCGAGCGCCUGACGGCUCUGGCCGCCCGCACCAACCAACUGGAACAACAGCUACUGGAUCUCGUAAUACAAAGUCGGUUCUAG